AUGGAAGUCUCAUGCGCAGAUGAUACUUCCUUUGGCCCUACCGUUCAAGGCUGCCGGGGAAACUUCGACUUUACGCUGAAAUUUGAAAAGAUCAUUCUCUCCAUACUGCCAUCCGCUGUCUUUAUCGUUCUGUCAGUUCCGAGAGUCAUUUUCUUGACACGCAAACCGUAUGCAAAGACAGUCGAUGGCAAAAUCUUCCAACUGAUCAAGCUUACAGCAGCGGCAAUCUACACAAGCUUGCAACUCUCUCUCCUCAUAAUUGGCAGCAUUAAGCCAUUCAUUCCGACUGAGCUAUCUACAUCAGCUUCCGUGUUAAGCUUGUUUGCGGCAAUACUUGUAGCUGCGUUGAGCUUUCUAGAACAUUCCCGCUCACCCCGGCCUUCAAUACUGCUCAGUGUUUUCCUCUCCCUGACUGUGCUCUGUGAUGCUGCACAAGUACGGUCCCUGUGGCUGCUAGCUCACAGCUACCAUGAGCUCAAAUAUGUGAAAAUUUUUACUGCAACCGUUGCAUGGAAGGCUAUUCUGGUCCUAUUGGAAUCAGUGCAUCGACGGAGCUGGCUGGGAUGGGACUGGAGAAUCCAUAGCCCCGAAGAAGCGACUGGUAUUUAUGGGCUCGGAACCUUCGUUUGGAUUACUCCACUUUUUAUGUUGGGGUACAGAAAGGUUCUGAACUUGUCGGAUCUUUUUCCUUUAGACAAGAGUGUCUCUGUGAAGUCCCUGGAACCAUCGUUCACCCACAUCAAGCUCACUGGCUUCCACGGAGACAAGAAUGGCUUAACUAAAGCAGUUGCUCGCAAUUUAGCACUUCCCUUUCUGCUGCCAGUUGCUCCUCGCAUCGCCCUAGUAGGAUUCACAAUUUGCCAGCCUUUUCUCAUUCAGGCUAUCUUGAGCUUCCUCGUGGAGCCUAACAACAGCUUGACAACCAAUAAGGGCUACGGCUUGAUUGGUGCUACAGCUCUAGUCUACGCAGGAAUUUCAUUUUCCACUGCCCUCUAUUGGUACCUGCAAGAGAGAGCCUUAUUUAAAACUCGAGCAUGCUUAGCUUCUGCGAUAUAUCGCCAGACAGUUCAAGCACGGGGCUCCAAUGGAGAUGAUGCGGCAGCCGUGACCCUUAUGAGUACCGAUGUGGAAAGAGUUAGAAUGGGUUUGAUGCAGCUUCACGAAUUCUGGGCAAGCCCAAUCCAGGUAGCAGUCGCCUGUUGGUUACUUCAGCAGCGGCUCGGGGCAGCAUUCGUGGCUCCAAUGGUUGUUGUCUUCAUUUGCAUCAUCUCAUCCAGCAUCCUUGUACGAUUUGUCGGUCCCAGACAAACAGCUUGGAUGAAGUCCAUUCAGAAGCGGGUUGGUCAUACCGCAAACGUCAUCAGCAAUAUGAAACACUUGAAGAUUUCCGGGCUUACAAAGCCUGUGGAAGAUGCCAUUCAAAUGUUGCGUGGUGAGGAAAUAGACGCCGGGGGCAAGUUUCGAGCUUUUCUCGUCGGGUCUGUGGGCAUUGCAUACGUCCCCGUUCUUCUAGGUCCGGUUUUCGCAUUCGCUCUCACAUCUCGCGAAUUGAAUAUCUCAAAAGUGUACACCUCAAUUUCAUGGCUCCAGCUCCUCUCUGGACCACUGACUUCGCUGUUUCAAGUCGUUCCUCAGUUGAUUGCGGCAUUUUCGUGUCUGUCAAGAAUACAACUCUUUUUGGAGCAAGAGCCCAGGCAAGACUUUCGCCAACUUAUCGCGUAUGGAUCUUCCGAGAAAGAUGAUUCGGCUGGGAAUUGGCCAUCGAUUGAGGUCCGCAACGCGGAUUUUGGAUAUGAAAAGGAUAUUGUCACUCUGAAGAACAUCAAUCUGUCCAUCUCACGGGGCUUGACAAUGAUUAUUGGUCCCGUUGCCUGCGGUAAAUCAACGUUGUGCACAGCACUGCUGGGAGAGAUACCGAUCGCAUCUGGGGAAACCUUCAUACGAACUAAAUUCGCCAAAAUUGGGUACUGUCAUCAAGUUCCUUUUCUGCCCAACGAACGGAUCAAGGAAGUCAUUAUAGGGUAUUCAGACGUCGAUGAGGAAAGAUAUGGCGCCGUUGUUCAAGCAACCAUGCUAUCUCAGGACCUGAUUCUUCUUCCUCAAGGAGACCAAACAAAGAUAGGUAGCAAUGGAAUCGCUCUCAGUGGUGGACAGAAGCAGCGUGUUGCACUUGCAAGAGCUUUGUAUCUGCAAUGUGACUUGCUCAUACUCGAUGAUCCUCUUGGUGGUCUGGACACCAAUACAGAGGAGCGAGUUUUCCACAACCUUUUCGGCCCGACAGGCAUCCUUAGACAGAGAGGAGCGGCUUCAAUACUUUGCACAAAUACUACUCGACACCUUCCUCUAGCUGACCAUAUAGUUGCUCUGGGAAGUGAUGGUACCAUCGUGGAAAAGGGUCGUUUCUGCGACCUUGUCGCAAAUCCACAAUAUAUCCACACUCUCGGGCUCCAGGCCAACGCCGAUCCAUGCGACCCAAUAACGAAGAUUUCCCAAUCUGAAACCGGUAUUCAAGGGGAGUCACCUAAAGCGAACCCCUCGGAGAAUGAAGAAUUCGCGGAUGAAUCUGGCGGCACAGAACCGAGUAGAGCCAUGGGUGAUGCGGCCGUCUUCACAUACUACUGUCGAAACAUUGGUGCUUUCUGGCUGGCCAUUUUUGUGAUAUUUGGUGUUUUAACGGGGUUUCUUUUCAACUUCCCUACUAUCUGGUUAGGCUUUUGGAGCGCAGACUCUUUCAACCAGUCAAAAUCCUUCUAUAUUGGGAUCUACGCUCUUCUACAAUCCCUCGGCUUAUUCACACUGUUGAGUGUUGCCGCUAUUGCUUUCCUAAUAUUCAUUCGCAACUCCGGGUCCCGUUUACACGACGCAGCUUUGAGAACAGUGAUCUCUGCCCCGCUGCGACUCUUCUCUCGGAUGGAUACGGGCGUCAUCACCAACUUGUUCUCCCAGGACCUGUCACUUAUCGAUGGGGAGCUUCCCCAAUCCUUGACCAACACUACGUUACAGAUCUGGAUUGCGGCAGGAGGGGCGGCAGUGAUCGCAACGUCAUCGCCGUAUAUCAUUAUUACUUAUCCUUUUGUAGUAUUGAUUCUUUUCGGGGUUCAAAGAUUCUAUCUUCGCACAUCUCGCCAGCUUCGACUCUUGGAUCUCGAGGCGAAGAGCCCACUCUACACGCAUUUCCUCGAUACGAUUAAUGGCACCAUCACCCUGCGAGCUUUUGGCUGGACGGAGGACUCUGUCAUCUUCAACUGUGGCCUUUUAGACACAUCGCAACGCCCUGCUUAUCAAUUGAGUAUGAUACAGCGAUGCCUGUCUUUUGUCCUCAACAUGAUUGUGGCGGUCAUUGCACUGCUAGUAGUAAUCCUUACCACUCAGCUUCGCUCUAGCACUAGCUUGACGGGUGCGAGCUUGGUGUCAAUCAUGGGCUUUGGUAAGAAUCUGGCUGUUCUAGUGGAAUCUUACACGUUACUGGAGACUUCGAUUGGGGCUGUUUCUCGCAUUAAGUCUUUUCAGGAUGACACCGUCCCGGAAGAUCUACCGGGCGAGGAUACUCAACCCCCUAAUAGGUGGCCCGAGAGGGGUAUGAUCAUGGUCAAGAACAUAUCUGCAUCAUAUAGCGGGACGGAUUUAGCAGAGAUCCGUGGAGGCUUGGAUAAUCUUGCACUUCGAGACUUGACAUUCACGAUACAGGCAGGGCAAAAAGUAGCCAUCUGUGGAAGAACCGGAAGUGGCAAAUCCUCCGUCAUUCUUCUACUCUUGCGCCUCUUGGACCCACUCACUCCAUGCACUGGGCAACUCAUCAUUGACGAUAUCUCACUCCUAAAAAUCGAUCGCUCCACAUUACGCCAAUGUAUUAUCGCGGUUCCACAGGAUCCAACAUUCUUCCCGGACCGCACUACCUUCAAAAAGAAUCUCGACCCGUUCAACUCUGCAACAAUCGACGAGUGCCACGCAGCCCUACAGACAGUAGGACUGUGGCCUUUAGUCUCUGACCGUGGGGGUCUAGAGGUAGGACUCACAGCCGACACGCUCAGCCACGGACAGAAGCAGCUAUUCAAUCUGGCCAGAGCGGUUCUACGCCGGCGAGUCCGUGCCCGGCAGCUUAAUGCAGAGGUAGGGGAUGCAUACGUGAGUUCGAAGUCAGCUGCACUUUGGACUCGGGGUGAUAGCGGUGUUCUUAUCCUCGACGAGAUCAACAGUAGUGUGGAUACCGAGACGCAGAAGGUCAUGCUGGAGAUCAUAUCGCGGGAAUUUGUAGGAUACACUGUGCUCAUGGUUAGUCAUCGGCUAGAUAUGAUUAUGGGGUUUGACAAGGUUCUGGUGAUGGACCAUGGCAAGCUCGUUGAGGAGGGAUCACCGAUGGAGCUCAUUGAGAAAGAUGGCUGGUUCAGGAAUUUGUGGAUGGCUGGGAAGACUGAGCACUGA